UUUUUGGCUGAAUUUUCAUGAUGCUUUUGAAAAGUACAUCUGAUUAAAGUUUUCAGGUUUUUCGACCGUGGAGAUGUGUUCCACAAGACUUCAGGGAUGAGCUGCUCCAGCAUUGCCAUCAGACAGACACGGCCAUAAGACAACUAAGACCAGUGUAGGGAUGGACAUGGCUGGGCCAAGGGUAGCCUCGCUGGAGAAAGACAUCCUGUUCCUUCAGCAGACGCAUACAGCCACACUGGAAAAGCUACACGAGGAAAUUGAACACCUGAGGCGUGCUAACAAAGAGUUGCAGUAUCAACUGAUUAUGGGAGCACAGCAUCUUCCUCCAAGAGAGCCUCGUCCAGGGAAUUUACAUAAAAAGCAGCGCCAGACUAGAGUCAUCAGCUUUGAAGAGAAGACAGAGACAAGACUUCAUGGUGUAGAAAACAAUGUGGCCAUCAUCAUGUCUCUGCUUCCUUUGAGGAUCCAAGACUGUUCAUCCCGGUCUCCACGCAUGCCAACCCUGCAAGAGUGCGAGGCCAUAAUCCAACAGCUCUAUAACACCAAUAUCUUGCAGUCUCAAGAGCUGUUGCGGGUGAAGGCUGCUCUCAGAGAUGUGUUAAACAAAAAGAAACUCUCACCUGAGGUCUACAGUCUAACAAAGACAUAUCUCUCCAACAACACAAGAAGCGGAGAGCUGGCACAAAUUCCAAAACCAUUUAAAUGCUUGCCAAAAAAACGACAUCAGACCCAGACGAGCGUGAGAGAGAAGGUUAUUCUUCCUGCCAUCAGACAGACCCUGAGCAGCAACCUGAUGGCGAGGCAGAAACAUGCCCAGGACAUUCACAAAAUGCGUCUCGGAAGAAUAAUCAUCUCCUAACUAUUUAACAGAUAUAUGCAACAGUAAACAUAAUGAAUUAAAACUUUUUUUAGUGAAUAAUGUUUUAUCUCCCACUUUGUUCUGUGUUAUCUUGCAGAUGUUUUCUUAUUUGAACUAUGCAUCUUUUCAGAUUGUGCAUAAUUACAGUUGACGAGUCUGACGACAGAGUAUCAGUGCCUUAAAUGCUAUAAUCUGUUUUGGAAUGUUAGAUGGUCACUGUUGAUGUUUUGUUUUGGAUUUGCCCUGAAAAUUAUAGUAAAUUACCCUUGAUCUCUUGGCUGCUCAAUUCAAUUAAUUAAGGGAGUAAAAUACUAAACACAGUAGAACAUCACAUGGACACAAAUUUUGAAAAUAUACAUCUUAAGUUAUCAAUAAUAGACUAAAUAUUAGCUGACACAACUCCUGCUUGUGAAUCAGUAUCAAGGCAAGAUCAAAUUAAAUAAGGCUGCUACAAUAUGUAAAGAAUAAAACAUAAUGGGGUAUAUUAUUUUCUGGGGGAAAAUAAUGUAUGUGGUGUGAUGUGGUUAUCACCUCCAAGUGGAUUACUUUCUUAUAGCAGCACAUUGCAAAGUGUUUUAUUCCUCUUAUAGCAUAGCAGUUU